UAAAUAUAUGCUAUAAAAUACAUGAUUGUUAUAAAACUGUGAUUUUAAUAUGCUGGAUAUUCUUUUUGAAAGUAAUUCAAAGAAUGUAUUUUUUAAACAAAAACAUAGCGAUACUGAACGUUUCAAACUGGAGGAAGAGCCUCGUGUGACAGGCAAUUCACCUUUUUUUUUUUUUUAAUUAAUUUUAAAGAAUGGCUUUUGAGAUGGUUUUAAAAGAAGCCCUUAUGUCGGGGGACCUGUGCGACUUUGUGAUUAAAGUCAGGGACAAGGAUUUCAAAAUGAGUAGAGUGAUUCUCUCCAACAGCAGCGUGUACUUCCGUGAUAUCUUCUACAACAAUCCACAAAUGAAAGUCUGCAGCUUCCCAGAUGUUUCUGCAACUAUAAUGGAGCUUAUUGCAGAAUAUGUUUACACCCAAUCUGUCCUGGUGUCGGAGAAUAAUGUGCAGUUGCUUUUGGAGGCAGCAGAGCGCUUCAAGAUCAAGGGCAUUGUUCAGGCCUGCUGCGACUUCCUGCAACAGAGGCUUAGUACCAACAACUGCAUCAGGAUUCUGAGACUGGCAGACCACUAUCUUUAUCCUGACCUCAAGGAGAAAGCAUGUCUCUUCAUCCUGCGCUACUUUGAAGAUGUUGCUCAAUACUGCCCCGAGUUCUGUCAUCUCUCUGCAGAGCAGCUAGAACAUUUUAUUGGAAAAACGGAACUAAAUGUUAGGCAAGAGAGUGUUGUCUUUGAGGCUGUUGUCCGUUGGAUCAACUAUGCUCCAGCAGAGCGGCGCGGUCACUUGACCAGACUAAUGAACAAGGUACGCUUCAUCUUAAUGUCCGUUAACUACUUGCUUGAGACAGUAAAGGUAAAUAAUCUAGUGAGGGGCAAUCAAAAAUGUAUUUCUAUGGUGAUCCGCACCAUGAAGACGCUGCACAGGUCCAACUUACAGACUCCUUUGCAAACGGCCCGCCUACCCGCCCAAGUGCUGCUGGCUGUUGGAGGCUUUAACGACAAUCUACCAGCUAAUGUGAUCGAGCUAUACAACGCGCGCACCGACUGCUGGAGAACAGUGUACAACAAAGACAAUCUAUUGCCGGAAUACGGUGCAUGUGUUUACAACGAUGGAUUCAUCUACAGCAUUGGAGGCAUCCAUGACCAUCUGUUUGUCAGCAGUGUGAUGAAGUUUAAUUUGGCCACGCAAACCUGGGAGGAGGCUGGGUCUAUGCUGGAAGCUCGGGCUCAUCUCAGCACGGUGGCCUUGAAUGGCUUCAUAUAUGCUCUAGGGGGGUGGAAUGUACAUCAGGCGCUGAACUCUGCAGAACGGUUUGAACCCGGCACCAACCAGUGGAGUGCCAUUGCGUCGAUGGAACACAGGCGGGCCGAUGCUGCGGCUGCAACGCUUCAAGGAAAGGUGUACAUUUUUGGGGGACUACAUGUGAAUCUGGGUAUUUCCUCCGCUGAGUGUUACAACCCUGCCACCAAUCAGUGGACACAGAUCGCGCCGAUGGCGGCUCCACGGGGAGCCCUGGGAGCCAUUGCUUACAAUGACCAGAUCUUUGUGAUUGGUGGAUACAACAGGGGAAGACGCUUGGCCACCGUUGAGGUCUACAAUCCGUCAUCAAUGACUUGGAGAGCGGUAGCUGAAAUGAUUUACCCCUGUAGUAACUUUGGCCUUGCAUUGCUGGAGGAAAAGCUGUAUGUGGUUGGAGGCAUCGACGCGGAUGAUCAACAGUUGCGUUCGGUGUGGUGCUUCGACAUACAGAAAAACGAGUGGAAUGCCGUCAGGGACCUGAGCGUGCCUCAUGAAGCCGUCAGCUGCUGUUUGGUGGAGCGAGUCCCUCAUGCUGCUGGUUUUACCUUGUGAAAAUGGGCUUAAAUAAACUGAAAUCUCCAGUAAAA